AUGCCUGCGCCGACCGUUCCACCUCGCCGUUCAAACGGAAACAACUCUGGCGAUGAUUCCGACGAACAGGGUGGUCACAACAAUGGAGACCAUCAUUCCAAUCCACCUGACGCAUCUUCAGCUCUCGUUGAGCUCCAAUCAGAUGAAUUCCCAUACUACUUCUCCGAGCGCGACGGUCGGCUCUAUCACUCAAGCUCAUCGCCUUACCCACUUCCUGUAGACACCCCGGAACAAGAGAGGCACCGACUCUUGCACAAUAUUCUCCAUCAAUUUCUGGGUGCCCACUACGUGGGUCCUGUCCCCGAGAUACUCGCGUUCGACCAGGGACGACGGAAGAUGACGCUAGACGUCUGCACUGGCACUGGGAUAUGGGCAAUGGAGAUGGCGCGCGAAUUUCCUUGGGUUCACUUCCGCGGGUUCGACAUUGUUCCUAUUGCAACCCGGUAUCCUUCAAAUAACGUGCAGUUUGAAUUGGACGACGUCAAUACACAAUAUCGCUGGGACAACGGGACAUUCGACGUCGUUCAUGCUCGCGAUAUCACCCUCGCGGUGCGCGAUUACCACGCCGUUUUAGACGAGGUCGCGCGUGUUCUGCGGCCAGGAGGUCUUUUCGUGUCCUGCGAGUGGGAUCCUUACACGGCCUUCGAUCCUGCCUCCAACCGCAAUCUCGCCAUGCACGCUCCCGCCUGCUGCCGGUUCUUCGACGCCGUCAACGAUGCUCUGGACUCCUGCAGAGGCCUUCGGCCGAUACCUGAGCUGAUCACCUCAAUCCUUGAAAGCAAAGGAUGCUUUACGGCCAUCUCGCCAAGGAAGCUCUACAUUCCCAUCGGCGCAUGGAGGGCUGACCCUGCCUUGAGGACCAUCGGCGUCGACUGCAGGAGAGCCCACCAGCGGUAUGCGGAUUCAAUCAAGCCGCUCCUUAUUGAAGCCGGAUGGACACAGAAUGGACUUGAUCGCUUGGUAGGAGAGUAUAUGCGCGAGAUGGAUUCUCUCAAUGGGUUGGUGGCAGUUGUCCACACCGUACAUGCGCGUAAAAUCUAG